UUAGAUAACAGGUGCAUCUAUAAUAAAGGUGCGUUCAUGCCAUAUCGUAAUAACCGUGAUUACGAGAUACCAACUUGUAAAAAGUGUUCACAUCCUCAUCGACCUCGUAAUUAUAACUUGUAAACUGGGAAUUUUGUGAGAGCUACAACUUGUACCACCUGACCACCUCAGAUUUAUUAGGUGCUGUGUUUAGACAUUGAUAGUGUGAUAGUUCUGAGUCCAAGGGUGUCAACAUCUCCAAGUUAAAACGUCACAUGUUGUCAUCUCAAAAUUACAGUAAUUAUGACAUGGCAUGAAUGCAGCAUAAGCUCAAUAACAGACUGUUAUUAUAGAGAAAUAGGUGAACCUCAAAGGUCUUUCUUAGCCUCAAGAUCAAAUUAAUACUGCAGCCCUAUUAUAUCUAUAAAAACCCAAACUGGGUCAUGAAUCUUUUCUUAGGUGCAUAGAUAAUAGCUUUCAUACCACAUAUUUACAUAGAUUCAUGCAGAUGUGUAUUUAAUAUUCAGUGGGUAUAGAAAAUAAUCACCCCCUUUAAAUAAUCACAUUUUGUUGCUUUGCAGCCUGAAAUGAAGAAGGACACAUUGAAUUAAACAUGAAAGUAUGAAGACUGAGAUAGUAUUGAGUGCACUCAAAUAAUCUGUUUUAUUUAUUUACAGUGAACAUCUUUGCUCUGAGAUGACAGAAGAAGAAUCGGUCAUGCUAGAAGUGCACUUUUGAGUUUUUUUCCCCACAUAAUUUAAAACAUUACAACAACAUUAGUUAAUGUUUCAGUAUAGCUAUUAUUUCACAAGAACAUGAAUGCAUUUAAUUAAAACAUUGGUGUCUUGAGACGUGUAGAUCUAUUUCACAGUAAAAUAGACUUUUCACAGUCGCACAGCUAUUUUUAUUAAAGAAGGUAACUAAAUACUGACUCUAGCAACACAUGAUGACACAUGCUAUUUUCUAUACCAUUACCUAACCAGUAUAGAUUCGUUCAUGAAAAGCCAAUGUGCUCUGAUUGCAAAGUGUAACUUGAUAUCAGUAGUGCUACAAUCAUUGAUUGAAAAUGUAUGUCAGUUACAUCCAGUCGGUCUCUUCAGUCACAUAGAACGAUUAUUUUAUUAGAUGUUAUUUAUUUUGUUGAACUGGAUCAGACUUCUAUUUUUAAACAAGUCCCUACAGCUAGACUCUAAGAAUAGUGGCGUCUGGUCCUUUUUCUGUCAUUGGUCACUGCACAGUGGUCACACCAUUGAGAGACAGAACCAAACAUUUUGUUUGAAGGACAAGAAAUAAUGUAGACAGUUUAAGAAACCAGCUGUACAGUGUUUGUUUACUCAAACCAACUAGUAAUGUGAGCAUUUAAAAUUGAUUGAGAGAAAAUUGUUGUUCAGCAGCUAUGCGUCUGGUAGUUUUACAGUUCCUGGCUGGAUUUUUUGGAGCUCUAAGCUCAAUAUUCCUCCUGGGAUCUCUUGGGUCUGAUUACUGGCUUAUGGCAUCUGAAACUUGUGGAGAUGCUGCUCUUUUCAAAUUAUGGAGAGUCACCAAGGAUAUUUCUCAAGCACAACCAGACAGUAGUAAUCAGGCUGAAAACACCCUUCUGUUCUACCAUGAGGGCCUUUUUUGGAGAUGUUCCUACCAUAAGGGUUCAGAUGGAGAGCAGUACAGCAUACUGGCUUUUUUGAUCAUCAAUCAACCUUCCCAGAAGGUUUGCGAGCCAGCCUACUUGUCCCAUGCUCCGGUUUCUGGACUUCCCAAUAGUGUUCUAACCUUAGACUCUGCCACAGUGCAAAGGGCCUUUUGGUGUGCUAUAUUUGUGCUGGGUGUCAUCUUGGUGUUGAUUGGUGGGUUUGUCACAAUCUGUGCAACCCCAGGGACAAGACAUCGCCUUUAUGAGACUGGAGGUGCUCUCUUUAUAACUGGGGGUAUCUUACUCAUGUCUGUAGUGCUGUUGUUUGCUGUGUGGGUGCAGGUCUCAGACUCUUUAGAGCGAUACGGCCUCCAGCGCAGACGCUUAGUGUGCCCCAAUCUGCAGCUCAGUGUGCACUAUGGUCUGUCUUUUAUGCUGGCUGCUACUGGUGCCUUCCUCUGCCUGCUCACUGGCCUACUUCUCAUGCUCAUUCCAUCAGUCAGCAGAGCAUCAGCCAGGGACACAGAAAAUCAGCCAUUCUCACUGCGAGAGGAAUGUGUGUAGUAUUAUGUAUAUUCAUGACAAUGAUUCUUUCCUAAUAUUCAAAGUAAUGUUUUCUGUUAUUAUUUGCUCCCCCUUUUUCUGCAUGUAUAUAGUUUUCUGCCCUCCAUAUACCACAAAAAGAGAUUUAUGAGGAUAUUUUACAUAUUUUACAUAUAAGAGAGUAUAAUCAAAAGUUCAAUGAAAUUGUCUUUAAACAAAUAAUUAAAUGUACACAGGGGUGCUAGAGGGUUCAUAGAUUUUUAAUCUAAACAUAAAUGAUAAUUUUAACAUGUUCAGCAUAAUAUGUUGAAUUUGUCUUUAUUAUUAUUUCAAAUAGCUUUUAAAGGUGGACAUUUUUCAGGGUUUUUUUUUUUUUUUUUUUUUUGUAACUGACAGCCACAGCUUUGAAAAGCUCCUUGUUACCAUUCACUUUCAUUGUAUGGAAAUAAGCAACAGACAGGUGAACAUUUUGAUUAAGCACUACAAUUGUAGAAACUACAGAAACAGAAAAAGUGGAGAAACAGUCUAUCCACCAUUGUGUGUGUGUGUGUGUGUGUGUGUGUGUAUGUGUGUGUUUUGUGUGUGUUUUUUGUUUUAUACCGAUUUAUUUUAUUUCAUUAUUUUUUUCUUGGCUCUAGAUUUUAUGUUAUGCUUUUUAACGGGGUCAUAUGAUGCGAUUUCAACUUUUCCUUUCUCUUUGGAGUGUUACAAGAUGUUUGUGAAUAGAUAAGAUCCCUAAAGUUGCAAAGACUAAAGUCU